UCACAACAAACCAAACUUCCAUUUCUUGUAUCUGCAAUAGCCAAAGCAAGUACAAUAUUCUAGUAGCUUUUUUUCUUCAAAUUUUGUUUGUCUGAAAGAGAUGGCACAAUACAACGAGGGAUACGGUAGCCAGGGGCAAAUGCGCCAGACUGAUGAAUAUGGAAACCGGGUCCAAGAAACUGGGGGCAUGGGCACUGGUGCCUAUGGAACUCAGCAAGGUACUGGCGGUAUGGGGGGCAUGGGUGGUGGAGAAUAUGGAAUCCAAGGCCAAGAUACUGGUAUGGGUAUGGGGGCCACUGGUGGUGGAGCCUAUGGAACUCAUCAGGGUGGUACUGGAAUGGGGGCCAUGGGUGGAGAGUAUGGAACCCAAGGUACUGGAAUGGGUAUGGGUACUGGUGGUAUGCAUACCCAGCACCAUGAGGGCCAACAACAGCUUCGUCGAUCCGACAGCUCUAGCUCUUCUGAGGAUGAUGGUGAAGGUGGAAGAAGGAAGAAGGGAAUGAAGCAGAAGAUAAUGGAGAAGAUGCCAGGAGGACAUGCCCAACAGGAAGGUGAAUACAACCAACAUGCACAAACAACUUAUAGUACUGAAGGAGGAGAGAAGAAGGGAAUGAUGGACAAGAUCAAGGACAAGAUCCCUGGGAUGCACUGAGAACAACUUCAUCAGCUUGUUCCUUUGUUUUACAUUUCCAGCUUAUAAGUAACAAAUAAGAGUCUGAAAAGUAGUGCUUGAUUUUGUUUCAUGCACUCGUGUGAGUUUUAAUUUCUUCACGUCGUAUGUUUGAAGUUGUGUAAGGGCAGUGUGCUGACUCUAUGUGUAUAUAGGCGGCCAUGCCCGCUUCUGUGUAUUAAGAAAAAAAGUGAGUUUGCUACUCCAUAUCAGGACACAGGAUUGCUUCCAUGUGUGGAAAGCAAUGGUGUCCAUAUGUAUCUUGUUAAUGUGUUGUGGUGUCCCAUGUUUUCUGUACUCUUUAAUUUGGAACUAAUAUAUGAGUUUUGUGUUAUGUAUUA